CCACUGCUCAAUCCCCAUCAUCCUUCUUGUUUUUUUGUUUUUCUUUUUUUCCAUUCUUACAUAUACAUAUUUGGAAGACCGAACGAACAUAAAUAUUUUGUUGCUUCAAAAACUACUUUAAUUUAUAUGUUCAUGCCUCUCUGUUGAACAGUGCAGACUGCAGGCACAUGACAUUCCCUUGUUUUCAAGAAGACCAUCCAGGUCAUGAUAAAAUGGUGGAUAUGCAAUCAAAGGGAAUUGCUUGUAGGAUUAAGAAGUGUGCCUAUGAAUUGCUGUCGAUUGGUGGUGAUCUGAUGGACGACGCUUACUCGUGGGACUUGAAGGGAAGGGAUAUACGCCUCAAAUCGAUGUUCUUGUAUUGCGAUCUAAGUCAGUUGAUCUCUAACGUCCCAAAGGAUCAGAAGAAGGCCCUGACAGAAGUUGGCAACAAAUUGUUUUCCUCCAUCGAAGAGUUGGAUCAUGCAGUGAAAAUUCGUAGCAUUCCAUUGACUCAAGACCGAUACAACGAGGCCGGUGUCAUUCUACAGGAGCUGAUGGUUCUCAUGCCUUGAUGCAUGCCUCAAAUUGGUGUUAUAGAGUGAGACUGAUCUGUAUAUUGCCAGGGAGCAAUAAAGCAAUCUCAUCUUGUAGAUAAAACUUGACUCCAGUUUGUACAGUGCUACACAACCACGAAACUUAGACACUUUCCUUCAUUCAUAUUCCUUGUUUUCUUCCUUUAUUUCUUUGAUCCAAGUAUUAGAAUACACAAUAAGGAUGUUACAUCCUUCCUUGACUCAGCUA